GCUCCUCCGCUCCUCUCCGCCCACGAGGGGGAUGCAGCUCCCGGAAAGUGAAGUAUACUUUAAUGUACUACAGGUUGUAUACUACGGAUGGGAACUAUUAAAGUUUAUAAUGUCAAAAACUUUUCUUAGACCAAAGGUAUCUUCCACAAAGGUAACAGAUUGGGUAGACCCAUCGUUUGAUGAUUUUUCAGAGAAUACAGGCAUCUCUAUUACUGCCACAUCGUUACAUGUGAAUAACGCAAGUCACAGAAGAAAAAAUGUGCCUUCCAGAUUAGAAAGUAGCAGAUUUCCAGCUAGAAAAAGAGAAAAGCCACUGUCUUCAGAACAGAUUUAUGUUCCAGAAAAUUCAAAAGACUGUUUAUCUGAAAACGAACCAUGGGUGGAUAAAUACAAACCAGAAACUCAGCAUGAACUUGCUGUGCAUAAAAAGAAAAUUGAAGAAGUUGAAACCUGGUUAAAAGCUAAAGUCUUAGAAAGGCAACCAAAACAGGGUGGAUCUGUUUUAUUAAUAACAGGUCCUCCUGGAUGUGGGAAAACAACAACUCUAAAAAUACUAUCAAAGGAGCAUGGUAUUCAAGUACAAGAGUGGAUCAAUCCAAUUUUACCAGACUUCCAAAAAGAUGAUUUCAAGGAGAUCUUUAAUUCUGAAUCAAGCUUCCAAGCAUUUCCCUAUCAAUCUCAGAUAACAGUUUUUAAAGAGUUUCUGCUAAGAGCAACAAAAUAUAACAAACUACAGAUGCUUGGAGAUGAUCUGAGAACUGAUAAGAGGAUAAUUCUGGUUGAAGAUUUACCUAACCAGUUUUAUCGAGAUUCUCAUACUUUACAUGAAAUUCUCAGGAAAUAUGUGCAUACUGGUCGGUGUCCUCUAAUAUUUAUAAUCUCUGACAGUCUCGGUGGAGAUAAUAAUCAAAGGUUACUGUUUCCCAAAGAAAUUCAGGAAGAGUGUGCUAUAUCAAACAUUAGUUUUAACCCUGUGGCACCAACAAUUAUGAUGAAAUUUCUUAAUCGAAUAGUGACCAUGGAAGCUAAUAAGAAUGGAAGAAAUAUUACUGUCCCUGACAAAACUUCCCUAGAGUUGCUCUGUCAAGGAUGUUCUGGUGAUAUCAGAAGUGCAAUAAACAGCCUCCAGUUUUCUUCUUCAAAAGGAGAAAACAGUUUUUGGCCAAGGAAAAAAGGAACAUCUUCAUUAAAAUCAGAUGCUGCGCUGUCAAAAUCAAAACGAAGAAAAAAAACAGAUAGGGUUUUUGAAAACCAGGAGGUCCAAGCUAUUGGUGGCAAAGAUGUUUCACUCUUUCUCUUCAGAGCUUUGGGGAAAAUACUAUAUUGUAAAAGAGCAUCUUUAACAGAAUUAGAUUCCCCUCGGUUGCCUUCACAUUUAUCAGAGUAUGAAAGGGAUACCUUACUUGUUCAACCUGAGGAAGUAGUAGAAAUGUCACAUAUGCCAGGAGAAUUAUUUAAUUUAUAUCUUCACCAAAACUACUUAGAUUUCUUCGUGGAAGUAGAUGAUGUUAUGAGAGCCAGUGAAUUUCUGAGUUUUGCAGAUAUCCUCAGCGGUGACUGGAAUAUACGCUCCUUACUCAGGCAAUAUACUACAUCCAUAGCUACGAGGGGUGUGAUGCAUUCCAAUACAGCACGAGGAUUUGCUCAUUGCCAAGGAGGAGUAUCAGGUUUUCGACCCUUGCACAAGCCUCAGUGGUUUUUCAUAAGUAAAAAGUUUCGGGAAAACUGCCUGGCAGCAAAAGCUCUUUUUUCUGACUUCUGCUUACCAGCUUUAUGCCUCCAAACUCAGCUGUUGCCAUACCUUGCUUUGCUAACCAUUCCAAUGAGAAAUCCAGCUCAAAUUUCUUUUAUCCAAGAUAUUGGAAAGCUUCCUCUGAAGCGACACUUUGGAAGGUUGAAAAUGGAAGCCCUGACGGACAGGGAGCAUGGAAUGAUAGACCCUGACAGUGGAGAUGAAGCCCCGCUUCCUGGAAGGCAGCCUGCAGAGGAAGCUCUGGGUGAACCCACUCAAACCACUGAAACUGAAACAUGCUGUCUUCCUUUGAGUCAGAAUAGUGGGAGUGAACUGCCUGCCAGCCAGCCUCAGUCCUUUUCAGCGCAGGGAGACCUGGAAGAUGAAGAGAUGAUCAUAGAAGACUAUGAGAGCGAUGGGACAUAG